UAGGGGAAACAACGGUCCGCAGCAAGAGCCAAUCGCAGAAACUCUGGUUAAGGACGGCUAUUCUUCUUACUGCUAGUCUUGGUCUAACAUGGAUUAAAGAGGCACAGAGCGAUAUAUAAGCCCCAGAAACUCGUUCAUGACCCUCAUCCCCUAGUACCCUUUGAGGUUCAAACAUGCUCGCUAAAUCUCUACUGUUAUCUAUCUAUCUACUUGCAUCGGCCUUGCUAUCACUGGGCAAGCGUGCAUUUGGUGUUACUUCGGAUCCGAAUACUGCUAACGAUCAAACCUUUGACUAUGUUAUUGUUGGAGGUGGUCUUGCGGGCCUCACUAUCGCUGGCCGCCUUACCGAAGAUCCUUCAACAACCGUCCUCGUUAUUGAAGCGGGAAAUGAUGACCGCAAAGACCCAAGGGUAUUUGAUCUAUUGGAAUAUGGUGCAGUAUUUGGGACAUCUCUAGACUGGGCCUGGGGCACCGACCAGAACAGGGUCAUUCGAGCAGGUAGAACGCUGGGUGGAUGUAGCUCCAUUAAUGGCGCUGUCAUCACUCGUGGCACGAAAGAGCAAUACGAUGCGUUCUCGAAAGUCCUCAGCGACGAGGAUCAAAGCUUGGAAUGGAACUUUGAUUCUCUGUUCUCAUAUAUGAAGAAGUCUGAAGGUUUCACUCGACCGGACAAGGUGCAGCGCGCAAAGGGUGCAGACGAUAUUGAUGCUUACCACGGUUUCAUUGGACCUGUUCAAGUCGCUUACGCGCAAGGAAUGUACGGCGGACCGGCACAACCUGCAUUUAUUGAUGCCGUCCGCAACAUAACUGGAAUUGCACGAUGUCGAGACGGGCUUGGUGGAAAUGACAAUUGUGUAAGCUACGUUCCCGAAUCGAUAAAUCCGAAAGACCACGAUCACCGUUCGUCGUCUGCACAAGCGUACCUUACUCCUGUCGAAAACGAGAGAACGAAUUGGCUUACGCUGAUCAACAACCGCGUGACCAAGGUGCUUCUUUCCGGAUCCACUCCUAACGUAAGGGCGACAGGUGUCCAGUUCAAGGAUUCGAACAAUACAGGGGAUACGUUCACCGUCCAUGCUCGUAAGGAAGUGAUUCUAUCCGCAGGUGCGAUUGCCUCCCCUCAGGUACUUCAGCUGUCUGGAAUUGGCGAUCCGUCUGUUCUCGUUCCACUUGGAAUUGAUGUGAGGGUCAAUCUACCAACCGUUGGGCGAAACUUCCAGGAACGAACAUUAAGCAAUAUCGCGCAUUCUACACAACCUUCUUUUGACGCAGGCGGCACAGGGCCCGACUUUACAAUUGCGUUCUUGAAUAUUCAUGAGCUCUUCUCUGAAGGAGCAGGCUCAAAUGGAAGUGUGACGGGUGACGACAUUGCUAGAUACGUCUUGACUCAAUAUCCGUCAUGGGCACAAAGUCAGGCAGUCAAUGGAUUGAAUGCUGAUGCGCUUACUACGAUAUUUGGCAUCCAAGCGGACCUGAUUGCAAAUCAUCAUGCUCCUAUUUGUGAAAUGUACCUUGGGAUCGGUACUUCCGGCGGCAUCAACACUACCAUGUGGAACAUACUUCCGUUCAGCCGCGGCAAUAUCACUAUUACGGAUACAAGUGUCUUCACAAAGCCGAAGGUUACGGUGAAUUAUUUCGAUGUCGAUUAUGACCUCGCCGUCCAGACAGCUGGAACCCGAGUUGGCCGGAAGGUGCUUAAUAAUCCAGCGUUCGCGUCCAUCUCAUCUGGAGAGACCGAUCCUGGAAUCGAUGUAGUUCCUGACGAUGGGAAUGGUGGUGCAGAUGAUGCAUGGCAUUCGUGGAUUCACGACGAAUUUUCGUCAGUGUUUCAUGAGAUUGGUUCUGCGGCGAUGAUGCGGCGAGAUCUGGGAGGAGUUGUGGAUGGCAAGCUUCGCGUCUAUGACACGGUGAACCUACGUGUCGUAGAUGCAAGUAUACUUCCUCUCCACAUUAGUGCCCAUCCAAGUGAGACGCUUUAUGGUGUCGCAGAGAAAGCAGCGGACAUCAUCAAGUCUGGCGUGUGAAAUGAGUCCUUGCAAUAAUCGCACAGACUAUAUGCCAUUCUUCUCAAUGUAUAAAGGUUAGUCAGCUGAAGGACAUCUGAUAUGUAAAUUCUGUUCAUGGUCUGGGAAUCCCUUACAAAUGACGUCAUGUAACUGUAUUACUUUUACUCUGUCUUGAACAUCUGACGGGUGGACGACGAAAUCCGAAAUUUCAAUCCGAUUGGGUUUGUCCUGUUGCCAAUUUUCUGAGCCUGCACUAGUCCUGCAGUACUUAUCGA